AUGUCAAGAAGAUAUCCCGAAGAUUGUCUUGAAUGUAACGGUUUUUGUUUGUACGCAAGAUUUGCAAGAAGAGAUGUAGUGCUAACCUCAGUUCACGAUGAACAAAAUUCUCAAAUCAAUGAAUUUGAAUGCCCUAAUCAAUUUACUCAACAACCUCCUUUCGUUGGUCCUAACCAUAACGGAUCUUUUCAUCAACAUUCUUAUUAUGUUCAACAACCUCAAAUUACGAAUGGACAUGUUCAGCAACCACUUAUUUUUAAUGGACCUCGGCACUCUCGUGUUUACGGACCCGAUCAAUUUCCUCAGCACCCUUGUAUUAACGGAUCUGAUCAACUUCCACAAAUUACUGAGAUCAACAAUGUUAAUAAUGAAAAUUAUAUUCCAGCUGAGCCUAAUCCGCAUAUUCAACACUAUAAUAAUCAAGCCAUUAGAAAUUACCAAACUCAACCCCAUUGA